AGGCGCAGGACUAAAACACAUCCGCCCUGUACGUUACCGGAGCAGCCGCGCGAUGUCUCGAGACGUGAUCGCACCGGUGUUUUGCUUUUUACACGUGCGCUCGUAAGGAAUAAACAAUUCCUUCACGUGUUUAUUUACGACGAGACACCUGUCCAUCAAUAACAGACGGACGCACGCACACCUACACACGCGCGCACACGCACACACACGCGCACACGCUGGGGGGAAACUCGCGCUCGUGCGGGAAUGUGGCGACGAUGGCGUGCGCGCGGCGGCUGAAAACUUUAGCGUCGACGUGCGUGAUCCUCAGCGGCAUGACCAACAUCGCGUGCCUGCUGUACGUCGGCUGGAUCACGCACUUCGCGCACGAGAGCGACCCCGAGAGAAAGUUGGAGGAGGACAAGGGAGACACGCUGCGCAUCGUCGAGCGGCUGGAGCGCCUGGAGAACGUGGUCCACUCCCACAUCCAAGAGAGGCCUCCGAAGGACAGAGAUGAUGCAGAUCUCUCAGACUCUCCUCUUUUCUCACGUUGGGGCCGUGACCUGGGGCCCGAGAGCCGCCGCGUCGCUCUGCGCAAGUUUCAGUAUUACGGAUACAACGCCUACCUCAGUGAUCGUCUCUCACUGGACCGAGCCAUCCCUGACCUCAGACCAGACGGGUGCAGGAACAUCUCCUACCCUGGCAGCUUGCCUCAGGUCAGCGUUGUUUUCAUCUUCGUGGACGAGGCUCUGUCGGUGAUCCUGCGCUCCGUCCACUCGGCAAUGCACCGGACGCCCUCGCACCUGCUGAGGGAAAUCAUCCUGGUGGAUGACAGCAGCAGCAACGCCGAACUGAGGGAAAACCUGCAGAGGUUCGUGGAGGAGACGAACCAGCGGCGUCCCGACUUCAUUAAGAUGGUGCGCCACAGCAGGCAGGAGGGUCUGAUCCGUGCCCGUGUGAGCGGCUGGAGGGCGGCCAGUGCACCCGUCGUGGCUCUGUUCGAUGCCCAUGUGGAGUUUAAUGUAGGAUGGGCCGAACCCAUCUUACACAGAAUCCAGGAGGACCGGCGGCGUGUGAUAUCCCCUUCUUUCGACAACAUUAAAUUCGACACGUUCGAGAUAGAGGAGUAUCCUCUAUCAGCGCACGGAUUCGAUUGGGAGCUCUGGUGUCGCUACCUGAACCCACCCAGGAGCUGGUGGAGUCAGAAGAACCACACAGCACCCAUCAGGAGUCCUGCGCUGAUUGGCUGCUUUGUGGUGGAGAGGCGGUACUUUGAGGAGAUUGGAUUGCUGGAUGAAGGCAUGGAGGUGUACGGAGGAGAGAACGUGGAGCUGGGAAUCAGGGUGUGGUUGUGCGGGGGUAGCGUGGAGGUCCUCCCCUGCUCCAGAAUAGCUCAUAUCGAACGAGCCCACAAGCCGUACACAGACGACUUGGCAGCUCACGUGCGCCGGAACGCCUUCCGAGUGGCCGAAGUGUGGAUGGAUGAGUUCAAGAACCACGUGUACAUGGCCUGGAACGUUCCACUGCAGGACUCAGGGAUCAAUAUUGGAGAUAUCAGUGAGAGGAAGCUCCUGAGGGCGAAGCUGCAUUGUCGGCCAUUUCGCUGGUUCCUGAAAAACAUUUACACUGAGAUGCGAACGUACGCCGACACCAUCGCUUACGGUGAGCUGAAGAAUAGCUUGAAGCCGGAUCUGUGUGUGGAUCAGGGGCCCGACUCGGACAACAUCCCUAUCCUGUACCUCUGUCACGGCAUGACGCCUCAGAACGUGUACUACACCAGCUCGGGGCAGUUACGUGUCGGCGUCCUGAGCCCAACCAUCGACGACAACGAUAACAAGUGCCUGGUGGACGUGAAUGGGCGUCCACGCCUGCUGGAGUGCAGCUACGCCUGGAACAAGCACAUGAAGCUCUCCUGGCUCUUCACUCAGGGAGCAUCAAUCCAGAACACCGAGUCACGUUACUGUCUCGAGCUCGUCCGGAGCAGCGGCGUGGAGAUCGGCUAUCAGCUCGUCCUGCAGACGUGCACGUCUCAAACGUGGACGAUUACCAACAUAGUGACUACAAAAGCUCUCUGAGGGUGUUGACGCCUGCGAGGGGGCCUGCACACGGAGCUGAACUUCUGCCCAAGAAAACUAAAGGCUCAAUUAUACACUUGGAUCUUAUAUGCAGUGCAUAUCGGACCUUUUAGACGUUUUAAGUACCUGGCUGUGAGGAUGCUUUUCAUUUGUACAAAUGCACAAAUCCAGUCAUGAAAGAUCAUCAACAGAAGUAACCUGAUCCCUCUUGCUCUUUCGCUUGCUUGCCUGAGACCCGUUCACUUUUUUUUUUUAUUCAACAGGGUUUUGUUAAGAAUUUGUGUCCCAUACCGAAAGACAUGGAGCGACUAGAUGUUGUACAGGUUGCUUGAAUAUAAUAAAAAUAAUUAAUAACUC